AUGGCUGACCAAGAAGAGACUUUGGAAAAUUAUCUUAAUAGGGCAACAAACCCAGCAAACAGAGAAUUAGAUCCUGAACAUGUCGCAGCUUUCUGUGAUCUGGUCAAUAAACAUUUAGAGGGACCUCAGAUAUCAGUCCGACUUCUAGCUCAUAAAAUACAGUCACCUCAAGAGAAGGAGGCAGAAUAUGCUUUAAUUACUCUAGAAGAAUGUGUGAAAAAUUGUGGCCAAUAUUUUCAUCAAGAAAUAGGAAAAUUUAGAUUUUUAAAUGAAAUAAUUAAAGUCAUUUCACCGAAGUAUUUAGGAAAUCGAACCAGUGAGAAGAUAAAGAAGAAAUGUAUAGAGAUAUUAUAUAGCUGGAAGAUUGGACUACCACAUGAGACUAAAAUAGCUGAAGCCUACAGUAUGUUGAAAGCUCAAGGAAUAGUGAAAGUCGAUCCAACACUUGUUGAUAAGCAUGUGACGUUCCCUGCACCAACACAGAGAAGAGCUGAUUUUGAAGAUGAAGAAAAAGCUAAGGUUUUAAACAGAUUAUUAAAGAGUAAGAAUCCAGAAGAUUUACAGGCUGCUAACAGAUUGAUUAAAAAUAUGGUCAAAGAUGAUGUUGUAAGAUCAGAGAAGAAAUAUAAAAGAAUCAAUGAAUUGGAAACUAUCAACAAUAACGUACAGUUGUUACAAGAAAUGAUAGCAAGUUAUAACUCAGCCUCUAGUACUGCUUCUGAUAAAGAUAUGAUGAAGGAAAUCUAUGAAAGUUUAGAGAAGUUGCGUCCUAAUUUAUUCCGACUAGCCAGUGAUACUGAUGAAAAAGAUAAUGACGGAAUAAAUGAUAUACUACAAGCUAAUGAUAAUGUAAUGAAAGUUAUGUCAUUGUAUAAAACUCAAAUAGAAGGUGUUAAAGAUGAUAGGGGUUUAGCUACGGAUUCUACGCCUGCUAGUACAUCAGUGGCGACCCCACUAUCUAACACAAAUAGUUCAGCUUUGAAUGAAUUAGGAGAUAUAUUUAACAGCAUGAGUUCUCAGCAAACCUCUCAAACCAUUCCUCAAUCAGCUCCAGUCAACUCUAGUCAAUCUUUAUUUAAUACCAACCCUACCCUAGCUAUGGGCAUGUUCUCUUCUCUGAAUCAACAACAACAACAACCGUCAAUGAUGCCAGCACAACCAAAUCAACUUCAGCAACUUCAUCUAUUACAACAGCAACAUUUACAACAACAGAGGAUGGCCUUCGGUGCCUCAGGACCUAAUCCAGCAAUGGCCAGCCCACAAUUAACACCACCAAUAUCAGCUGGUGGUACAUCACCUGCUCUACAACCCCAGAAACCUAUUGGGACUCCUGCAACCGCGAAACUAGGUACCACUACACAGCCAUCUAAACCUUUAUCAGACCUGGAUGUAUUGGGCCAAUCUUUACUACAACAGAAUUUAGGAGGCAAAGAACAACAUAAACCUGUACAAAAAAGUGUACCAUUAUCUCUAAAUGAACUGGCAUCACUACCCAAGCCUUCACCCGUUCUAACAACUCAUUCAUCACCACAGACAUCACUCUUAGAUCUUUCUAACCCGGUUCCACUGCCAACAGUAGCAUCACCGGCUCCUGUUACUACCAAUGGUUUACUGAACUCACCAUCCAAAACUACUGAAAUAUUACCCUUAACUGAUAUCACAGUACCCCUAGAAUCUGUCAAACCAGGAGAUCACCAGCCAGUGAGUGUAUUAGACAAGAAUAAUGUAAAGAUAUUACUUCAUAUUGGUAAAGACCGACCUCGGCCCGAUGUUACGGUGAUGGUGGUAUCAACUAUUAGUACCAGUCCACACCAAAUUACUAACUUCGUUUUUCAAGCUGCUGUUCCAAAGAUAAUGAAAGUUAAACUACAGCCACCCUCGGCCAAUACGUUACCAGCAUACAAUCCCAUACUUCCCCCUACUGCUAUUACACAAGUUAUGUUGUUAGCUAACCCCAGAAAGGAGAAAGUGAGAUUAAAGUUUAAAGUGAUGUAUUCAAUGAAUGAUGAGAAUGUAACAGAAAUGGGUGAAGUUGAUUCUAUACCAGUACAGUAG